GUCCGGAGUAAGGGCAACCUCUGUCUAGAGCUUAUCCGGGGUUGUGCAGCGUGGGAACUGCGUGCUGUGCUUAGAAAUAAAAAUGGCUAAAAGUAUUAGAAGCAAAUGGAGGAGGAAGAUGCGGGCCGAGAAGAGGAAGAAAAAUGCACCAAAAGAACUUGCCCGCUUAAAAGAGGUCUUGGCAAAAGCAAAUACAGAUGUGUUGAUGGAGGAAGUGAAAGAUAUCACAACUAUUGUGACUGCUGAGAAAGUGAAGGAGAAGGCUGCAAUGGAAGCUGAAGCUGCAGAAGGUGACACCAUGAAGAUGGAAACAGAUUUAAAACGAAGCAAGAAAACUCUACUAGACCAGCACGGGCAGUACCCUGUAUGGAUGAACCAGAGGCAAACAAAGAAGCUGAGGACUCUGCGUGGAAAUAAGAAGGGAAAAGCUAAAAAUCAAAAAGGACUGGCAUGGUAGAAUGGUUUCUAAAUGUCUACUACUUGUAUGUAUAUAGUAUCAGCGAGAGGCCAUCUGCAGCAGUGGAACUGGAGGCGAUGAAUCUGUAAAUUCUUCAGGGAAUUUUUCUAUUUUUGCUCCUUCUACAAAACUUCAACUCCUUUUUAGCUUUCUUUUAAUGCUUUGUGUAUUGAUGGAAUUAGAAUGAUUUAAGUCACUGACUACAACUGCUUAUUACACCCAUGACCCAUCCGUUCAUUUCUGUCUGAACAGUUAUCCAAAAUGACAGAAUAAAGCUUAUGGAGGGCA